CACAACAACAUUGACACAACCUACGAUGUCGACGACUACGACGAAGAUGUCCCUCUAGAGAUUAUUGAAGACGUCCUGGAAGGCAGCGCCAAUGGAGAGCGGAAGUACUUCUACUGGCUAGCCGAUUCUGAUUACCCGACUGUACCAAAACAGAUCUGUGGACCAGUUGAUGGUACAAGAGCUCCAUCGCCUCGUACAUGGCAAUCUCCGUUUGUUGGCUCUACCAUCGAAGCAGCUUUUGAGCAUGUCAAGAACGCACCCGGAAAGCUGCUGAACAAAUCGCAUAUCGUGGUGUUGGACAAACCCCUUUACGAAGACAAAAAAUACGGAUCUCAGCGAGAAAUCUUUCCCACUAAACUAAAGGACUACAAUAUCGAUGAGUGGGACGAAGAUUGUCUUGUAUACGCUCUCUUCUGCUUUGAAGAUGUGCUUUUAGAGGUGAUUAAACAGGUACUUGAACACAGUGCCGAGGAAGUAUAUGGAUAUUGUUACUGGCUGGCUGACGACUGUUCCACCCUACCGCAAUCGUUGGCGGAAGGAGCUACCAAGCCACCUUUACCUCGUAUCUGGCAUUCUCCCUUCGUCGACUCCACCAUCGAAUCAGCAUUCCAGCAUAUCAAGGACGCACCUGGUGACUUUCUCAAUAGGAAACACGUCGUUGUAUUGGACCCCAAACUAUUCAAGGAGAGGAAAUUGUUGAGGGUUUAUCGUAAGGAGAGACUCGAGCCAGAGGGCUUCGACGAGGAUCCGGGUAUGGAUUCAGGUCCACAGCCAGGCGAUAUCACNGGAGGCGGGGGAAGAACGUAUACGACGGUUGGACAGCUGAUGGGGUCAUGGGCGUACAAGGUCGACAACUGGAAGCGCGAAGGAUUGCCUUCCUUU